AUGGCUAAUGUUGGUAAAUCAUUGACUCCAAUUAAACCUGAAGACUUUAAAAGAUUAACCGAAAAAUCUGAAAAAAUUGGCGAUAUUCCUAUUGUUCAGGAGUCAUAUGAGGUACUUCCUGAAGGCGUUCGAGCUUUUGUCGCUGAGAAAGCUUUACUGAUGACCCCGAGUAAAGUAUACAUUGUUGAUGGGUCGGAGCAACAGAUUCCUGAGUUGCAAAAAGAACUAGUUGAUUCAAAAUUAUUGGUACCCUUGAAAGCUUACGACAAUAAUUGGUUGGUUCGAACAGACCCGAAGGAUGUUAUCGAUAAUAUCGAAGAAUCGACAUGGAUUGUGACUAAAGAUAGAUAUGAAACGGAGUGUCAUGUUGCUGACGGUGUAAAAUCUGAUUUUGGCCAUUGGAUGGAUCCUAAGCAGUGCAGUGAAGAGCUUGACAAAAGAUUUCCGAAUUGUAUGACUGGUCGGACACUUUAUGUUGUACCAUUCAUACUUUGUCCAUCAGAAGCUAUAAUGUCGUUGUCUGGUGUUAUGUUGACGGAUUCAGCUUUUGUUGUACUGAUGAUGUGUACUAUGACACGUGUAUCACCUUACGCCUGGCUCAAUAUUGGUGAAGAAAGUGAGCAUGUAAGAUGUAUACACUCCGUGGGAGUGCCGUUACCAACUGAAUCAAAAAUAGAGAAUAACUGGCCGUGUAACUCAGAAAAGGCAUUAAUCGUGCAUUUAAUGGAGGAAAGACAAAUUUGGUCAUUCGGUUUGUCGUUUGGUUCAAAUGCAUUGUUGCAUAAAGAGUGCUUCGGUUUGCGUUUGGUAUCGAGAGAAGCUUACAGAAAUUGCUGGCAAGCAGAGCAUAUGUCAAUUUUAGGUAUACGACCUCCAGGAUGUCGAGAGAUUUUUGUUGCCGCUGCGUUUCCUUCAGGAGCUGGUAAAAGUUGCUUAUCUAUGCUCCAGUCAUCGAUUCCUGGAUGGAGUGUACGAUGCCUCGGCUGUGAUAUAGCAUGGUUAAAAUUCGGUCUUGACGACCGUCUAUAUGCCAUUAGUCCCGAAAAUGGUAUAUUCUUGAAGGCAGUGGGUACAAAUAGUACUAAUAAUCCCAACGCAAUCGGCGCGAUUUCGAAAAAUACAAUUUUCAUAAAUGUAGCAGAAACUAGUGAUGGUGAAUAUUUUUGGGAAGGAUUAGAAAAAGAAUUGAAGAAUCCCCAAAUUGAUAUGGUCAACUGGGAAGGAAAAAAGUGGAAAAUUGGUCAAGAGGGUCGCGGAGCUCAUCCAAAUGCUCGACUUUGUGUUCCUUUUGACCAACUUCCAAACGCGCAUCCAGAAUGGGACGGAGAGCAAGGGGUACCCAUAUCGGCAAUUAUUUUUGGAACGCGCAGAUCUUCGGGAAUUCCACUUGUUUUCGAGCCGUUUUCAUGGGAACAUGGCGUUUUUAUGGCAGCAUCACUUCGUACUGAAUGUAUCAAUGAUUCAGGUGAAACCCAACCGAAGCUUCGACAUGACCCCAUGGCUAUGGGUCCAUUUUUAGGAUAUAAUCUGGGGAAAUAUAUCCAAACUUGGCUCAGCAUGGAUGAUAUCGGUCAUAAAAUACCGAAAAUUUUCUUCGUGAAUUUUUUCCGAACAGAUGCAAAUGGUAAGAAUCUUUGGCCUGGGUUUGGUGAAAAUAUCCGAAUCUUAGCCUGGAUUCUGAAGAGAAUUGACGGUGCGAAAGCACUUUCACGUACGACCGCAAUAGGCAACUUGCCCUCUCAAACCGCCAUUAACUGUCCGGGUGUAGAAAAAAAUAUGGAUGAGCUGUUUGCGAUUGAUAAAAAUUUCUGGGUGCAAGAAUGUAAAGAGACUCGGAAAUUCUUCAGUGAACAGCUUGGAUCGGAUCUUCCAGAAGCUCUGAAAAGGCAGUUAGUCGAACAAGAAAAACGAAUAGAUGAAUUAUAA